UGCUCCAGCCGGGCAUAGUUAUUAGAAUAUCAAAAUUCAUGCCGUCUCGGUUGGUCAAUUCAAAGAGCAAGGACCGGAAAAAAAAGAUAAAACAAAGCGAGCAAGAGCAGCAGAGGUGGCUUAAGGGAUCUCACAGCCAUGGCGGCAGUCGGGGGCAUGCUUGCCUCGCCCGUGCUCAACAUGGUUGUCAAGCAGAUUGGAGCAGUCAUCGGAGGCCAGAUCACACUGCAGAAGGACUUCACCAAGGACCUCAGGAAGAUGAAGAUGAUGCUGGAAUCUGUGGCGGCGGUGAUGAAGGAUGCCGAGAGGCAAUCGAUCGAAGAGAGGGAAGUGCAGCUGUGGCUGAAGCGGCUCAAGGACGCCAUGUAUGGCAUCUCCGAUAUGCUUGACGAGUUUGAAGCAGACACCCAAUCGGCUGCGCGAAAGAUAUCUCUCAAAAAGGACCUGUUGCAGUUGGCAUCUGCUUGUCUCUCUGUUUGUCCCAAAAUUAAACUUGCCAAUAGGAUGAAGGAGAUGAGAGAGGAGCUGAAGGUUAUCACGGAUCAACACAAGAAUUUCAUGUUGAAACCAGGCACUAUCACCAAUGAGCUGAAAAUUACUGAUACUCGUGCGACAUCAUCAGUCAUGAAAGACGAAGAGCUCAUAGUGGGGAGAACCAACGACAAACAAGACAUAAUGGCUUCUUUAUCUGAGAGCAAUACUGGAAGGAUCACCAUAUUUCCCAUCUAUGGCAUUGGUGGCAUUGGAAAGACAAUCCUUGCAAAAAUGGUUUUCAAUGAUGCACAGUACAAAGACUACUCUCAUGUAUGGGUCUAUGUGUCCCAAACAUUUGAUUUGAAUAAAAUUGGCAAUUCUAUAAUAUCGCAACUAUCAAAAGAGGAGAGCCAACUAACUGAGAGGCAGAUGAUACAUAAUUCCCUUGUAGAGCUACUUGCUGGUAAAAAUAUUCUGAUUGUUUUAGAUGACCUGUGGGAGGAUAAUGCAUCUCAGUUGGAUGACUUGAAGGAUAUGCUUAAGGUUGGUGAGCAAAGUAGGAUUGUUGUUAUUGUAACCACACGCAAUGAGGGUAUUGCAAAUAAGUUUCGAACCAUUAAACCAUACAAAUUAGCACCCUUGUCUAAUGACUCUUGCUGGAUUAUAAUAAAGCAAAAGAGUAGUUUUGACUCCAGAGAUGAUAAACAUGAAGUGGAACAGAUUGGAAAGGACAUCGCCGUGAUGUGUGGAGGUGUGGCCCUAGCAGCUCGGUCACUUGGAUACAUGUUGAAAGAAUUGACGUCUGAUGAAUGGGAGUCUGUGAGAAAGAGUAAUAUCUGGAACGUAUCUGCUUCAGAAUAUACAGAUUCGGUGCUUUCAUCUUUGAGAUUAACCUACAGCUAUAUGCCUUCACAUUUGAAACUAUGCUUUGCCUAUUGUGCAAUCUUUCCAAAAGGCCAUAAGAUGGUUAAGCAUGAUCUGAUUCACCAAUGGAAUUCUCUGGGUUUCAUAGAGGAAACAAACAUAUUCUCCACUGAGCAACUCGGUGAAAAAUAUAUCAGCCAACUAUUGGGGCUGUCAUUCCUUGAACAUUCAAGGUUACAUAAUUCAGCUACUGGAGUGCAUCAUGAAGAUUUUACACACUUGACAAUGCACGACCUAGUGCUCGACUUAGCACGAUUGGUUCUGGUUGAUGAAUUUAUUAUGGCUGUUAGCGAACGGAGCAAUUCUGAGAGAAGGAGCUGCCGCUGUGCACUGUUCAAUGAUUGCAGCAAGAAACUGGAAUCAUACACAGAUUAUCCUGCCAAGAUAAGGGCGCUGCGUUUCCUUGACUGUGGCAGAAUCGAACUUCACGAAGAUGCAUUCUCAUCUGCCAAGUAUCUGCGUGUCUUGGAUUUAAGUGAGUGCUUUAUACAGAGGUUACCCGAUUCUAUUGGUCAAUUGAAGCAGCUGAGGUAUCUAAAUGCUCCAAGAGUCCAGCAUCACAUGAUUCCCAAUUGUAUCACAAAGCUCUUCAAGUUGAUUUACCUCAGCCUUUGUGGAUCUUCUGCAUUGAUGGCACUGCCAGAUUCAAUUGGACAUAUGGAGGGCCUUAUGUAUCUUGAUUUGUCAGGCUGCUCAGGACUGGAGAAACUACCAGAAUCGUUCGGUAAACUGAAAGAGUUGGUGCAGCUGGAUUUGUCAAACUGCUCCAAUCUUACUAUUGUCUCAGAAUCCUUGCAGACCCUUACCAAGCUUGAAUAUUUGGACUUGUCAUACUGCUGGAAUAUCAGAGAGAUACCAGGUCAUUUGGGUAGCUUUAUGAAACUAAAACAUCUAAACUUAUCUGGUUGCGGAGAAAUUGAAGAUUUUUCACGAUCAUUUGGAAAUCUAGAAAGUUAGAUGCAUCUUGAUUUAUCACACUGUGAUCAGGUCAAAGGAAUACCGGAAGCCUUGGGUAGCCUUACCAAGCUCCAAUAUCUGAAUUUAUCACACUGUGGCGGAAUUAUUGGCGGAAAUGAAAUGGCAGAAGCAUUGGGCAAUCUGACCACACUUCGGCAUUUAUAUUUAUCUGGGUUCCUGGAUACGACCUGUGAUGAUGAAUCAACUAUUUCCAUUUUCCUUGAGUGUAUCAGCACCCUUUCAAAUCUGGAACAUCUGGACUUAUCUUGUAAUGAACUUUACCAGAGUGGUUGGGACACCUCACAGCUCUUCAGAAAUUGACGUUGUACGGAUUUGAGAUGGACGCGUUGCAGGAGGUCGCCAAGCAUCUCACUUUGCUUCAGUCACUUGAAGUCUGGUAUUGUGAAAGAAUGGCAGCACUGCCGCAGUGGGCGGGAGACCUCAUCGCUCUCGAACAGUUGAGUAUCUCAUGGUGCGACAAUCUUAACAAUCUGCAGGAGAUCAUCGGAUGCCGCACCUCCCUGAGGAAACUUUGUAUCAGCAACUGCAAAUGCAUCGAGUCUUUGCCAGAGAGCAUACAGCAACUAACCAAGCUUGAAGUAGUAGAAAUUUCUGAGCGCCCUGCAUUAGAGCGGUGGUGUGGAUCACAGGAGAGCAAGAUGAAGCUGGCCCACAUAAAAGAAAUGAAAAUUGUUUGUGACUGACACAACUACUCUGAAGAAGGAUGUGAACCAGAAAACUACCAUGCAGGCUUCGUGGGCAUAUUCACAUUGUCAACUUACCGUGUGUUUGGUUGGGGAGCGGAUCGGAACGGAGCCGCUCCACUCCCCUUUUUCGCGUGUUGGUUGUAACCGAGUAUGAGCGGAAUGGCUCCGGGAGCCCAAAGAUACCAAUAUUCCUGUAAGAUGCGGAACGAGACCGCUCGUCCAAAUCGACCGGACGCGAGCGCUCCCGUUCCGUCCGCCCCCCCCUCCCCCCCCCCGCGCCGGCGGCCGGAAUCCAGAUUGAACGGAAUGGUUCUCCAACCAAGCACGGGAUGGAAUGGUUCCACUCUACUGCACUCUCCAACCAAACAAAAAAUGGAACGGCUCCGUUCUGCUUGCCAAACGUAGAACAGAGCGGCUCCAUUUUUAGAAAUUGAAAUGAAGCCGUUCCAUCCAAGUUGGCUCACCUUUAAUUUAAGUCUGGAGCGAAACCAUGUACUCGGUGUUAUUUUGAGGAAAAAAAUUAUACUUGGCGUA